CUCACCAAGGGCAGCGUGAGGAGUGGGCACCAUGUCUGAGGGAUCUUACCAACGCCUCUGGGACUCCUCCCACGUGACCUUGCAAGAGCUACUGGACCAAGAGCAGCCCCUGCUCCAACCCGUGCCCACCCGGGAGUGGCAGUCCUUCCAGUACAGGCUCUCAUCGCUCUACCUGUACUACCUGGGGCUGCUGCGCGGGUUCGACACUCUCUAUGACCAGAUGGUGCAGCCGCAGAAGCGGCGGCUGCUGCGGCGCCUGCUGGACAGCGUGGCGGGCCGUGUGCUGGAGCUCAAGGAUGAGAUGGUGCGGGUAGACCUGUGCGAGUGGCACUGCCUGGACCACGUGCUGCGGGACCUCGGGCUCACCCCUGCAGACCUGGAGGUUCCAAUCCCCAAAUACUUCAUGCUGGAGCACUCCAGCAUUCAGCAGGAGCGAGAGCUGAUGCUGGCAGAAAUCCUAUCCAGAAUGGAGCCAGUGUCCUUCCAGGAGAUCGAACCAGUAAUGAACCGGACUGAUGCCAUAAUCCUGCUGCAAACGGCCGAGCGGGCCAGGCAAGGCCGACUCCGAGCCACCUUCGUUCGAGAGAUUCGAAGAGAGGAGGAGCGGGAUCGGAAGAUGAGGGAGGGCGGGUGGCACAAGUUCAAUCAGAACCAAGCAGCUAUCACCAUUCAGAAGGUGUGGAAAGGUUACCUCCAGAGGAAACACACUCAGCAGGACCGGCAAACAGAGAUGGAAUUCAUCGGCAUGAUCCCCUUGCCCGACCCGGUGGAGCACCUGUCCGUGGCCAACCUCAGGAAGGAUGUCAGGAGAUUCCGCCAGAUGGAGAAAGAGGAGGAGUUCCUUGUCGCCAAUGUGAAGACCCACGAUGCUCUCAGAGAGACAGAGGGGCCCAAUAUGAGGGAGAAAAUGAAGGAUCAAAUCCGACAGUGGUUUAUCGAGUGCCAUGCCCUUACUGGCCGAUUCCCUAAUUAUCCAGACGAGUCUUUAGGUGGAUCCUACCAGAUCUUCUCAGACAAGACUCCAGAACAGGUAAAAAUGGAACUGGAGAAUCCGGUCCCGGAGAGCUCUAAAAAAGAAGACAAAAAUAAAGAAAAAGAAAAGGAGAAGAAGAAAGGGAAGGAAGACAAGUCCAAGAAGGGCGAAGCAGAUCCAAUGCUUAAAGUGUUGCCAUCCAAAUUUAUACCCCUGAUCAAUGCCGGACACGAGGAGUAUAAAAAUGUGUGGAAGAACCGGCCUGAUCACAUACACCCUGACCAGAGUUAUGACCCCAAGGCCCUACGGGCGGAGAAGAGGAAGGAACUGGAGCAGGAGAUCCGGAUACAGGUGGAUGAGCUGAUGCGUCAGGAGCUGAAGAACUUGCGCCUGGCUGUGGACCGGGAGGAGGAGAGACCCUUCAAGGCUCUGAAGAAAAAAAAUGGGAAGAAAGUUGGAAGGAAGAAGGAAAAAGAUCUGACCCCGAACAGGUCCCUGGCCUCUCUGUUUGAAGAGCUUGUUGUCUUUGGCUUUAUAAAGAAGUGCAAGACAGUGUUAUUGAAGGACUUCAUUGGUGACUGCCUGUAUCUUGGAUCCACUCUGAGUCUGGCCCACAAGUUGCCCAUGCCUUCCCUGUUUGACGUUCGACAGAACGUGGCCUUGUACGCGGUCCUUCGGCUUGGUUCCCCUGAUAUACACUCCAUGGCUCCCCUCAUCCGCUCCAUCCUCCUGGUGGGCCCCUCCGGCAUGGGGAAGAAGAUGCUGGUCAAUGCCGUGUGCACAGAAACUGGUGCCAACCUGUUCGACCUGUCACCUGCUAACCUGCAGGGCAAAUACCCUGGCAAGGCCGGGGUGCAGAUGCUAGUGCAUAUGGUCUUUAAGGUGGCUCGACUCCUACAGCCCUCAGUGAUCUGGAUUGGAAAUGCCGAGAAGAAUUUCUAUAAGAAGGUCCCAAAAGAGGAGAAGGAGAUGGACCCAAAGCGAAUAAAGAAGGACCUCACCAAGGCCCUGCGGCUGCUGAGUCCCGGGGACCGGGUCAUGCUGAUAGGGACCACUAGCCAGCCGCAGCGCGCUGAGGUGAAGGGGCUGUGCCGGACCUAUGAACGGAUCCUCUUCAUGCCACGGCCCGAUUACGCUUCUCGCUAUGUGCUCUGGAAGCAUAUGCUGCACGCCCAGAGAGUCCAUAUGACCCAGAGCCGCCUGGACAUCAGUGCCCUGGCCAAGGUGUCCGAUGGCUACACAUCUGGUCACAUUUUCCAAGCCAUCCGAUCGGUGCUCACCGAGCGGCGGCUCCUACAAUUGUCCAGGCGGCCCCUGGUGGCCUCAGAGUUCCUAGGUCAUCUGGCGAAGCUGGAGCCAGUGCACAGGGAGGAGGAGGAAUCCCUAAAGGACUGGUACUUCAAGACCCCACUGGGCAUGAAGAAGAUAGAAUUUAACAAGGACCAGGAGGCUGAGGAGGCCAGGCUGGCAAAGGAGAAGAAAAAACGGAAGUGACUGCUGAGGAGUGCCCGAGAGGAGCGGUGGGACUAGGGCAAAGGGACUCGGGGGCAGAGGCAUAAACUCCCCGAUGGCUUGGGGACCAGCUCUCUUUGUCCAUCUCUGUGCUUCCACCCCUUGUUCUGUGUCACCUGGCUCCACCUCCACCCCACCCUGUUGAGUUUCUUUGAUCCCAGAUCUCUGUCCUCUGACCUCACCCUGUCAUUUUUCUGUCCUGGCUCCCCACUCCCUUUCUUCCUCAAGGUAUGUAGGGGAGGAAAAUGGGAAGAGAAGGAGAGGGAGAGAGAGAGAGAGAGAGAGAGAGAGAGAGAGAGAGAGAGAGAGAGAGAGAAGGAAGAUCUCAGUAAAUAGAAAGAAAGGGAAAAGCAGGAGUCUGGAGGUCAGCAGAGCCUGGUCUAGCCCCGCUCAGCACUGACCCCCUGUGAGGGCUGCACAGUCCUUUCUUGACUUGGGCCUCAGCGUCCUCACCUGUAAAGUCAGAUGACCUCCAGCCGAUCUCCUUUCCACUCUAGGGUUGGAUAUUCCUACCAAGGUGUCUGGGAAGCCAGGGAGGUGGCGGGGUGGAGAGGAGAGAAGGUGGGGAGAUGGAGGUAUUUGUGACUGCCGGUAGAUCCGGUGCCUUUUCUGAGUGGUCUUCACUUCCUCCGUCCUCUGGACACCUUCUUCCACCUGCCUUUGUCUUUGACCCAGAGCCUGGCCCCACGGGGCUCAGGGAGCAGAAGUCCAUCUGUGGAUCCCCCUUGUGGGGAGAGAAGAGCUCGGGGGAACUGGAGUCAGAAAACUCUGGGGUUCUCCCGAAGAAGCAAUGUAAAGAGUGUGUGAAUAAAGGCCAAGUGUACGCCACAGGCUGCAAAGGCAAUGAGGGCCGGGCCGGGCCAGGCGAGACCACGGGGCCAGAGCCAGCUCCUAUGGCAGAGGUGGCU